AUGGACCCUCGAAAAGCUGUGGAAUUGGUAGAUGAAAACACCAUUUGUGUUGCUACUAUUUUAGGGUCUACUUAUAAUGGCGAAUUUGAGGAUGUGAAACUGCUCAAUGACCUCUUGAUGGAGAAGAACAAUAAAACCAAGUGGGACACUCCAAUACAUGUUGAUGCUGCAAGUGGUGGGUUCAUUGCACCAUUUCUCUAUCCAAAUUUGGAGUGGGACUUCAGGCUGCCAUUGGUGAGGAGCAUCAAUGUGAGUGGGCACAAAUAUGGACUUGUUUAUGCUGGAAUUGGAUGGGUUGUUUGGCGCGGCAAGCAAGACCUUCCAGAGGAGCUUAUUUUUCAUAUCAAUUAUCUUGUAGCUGAUCAACCAACGCUCACACUCAAUUUCUCUAAAGGUGCAAGUCAAGUCAUUGCUCAAUACUACCAACUCAUUCGCCUUGGCUACGAGAGAUACAAGAGAAUCAUUGAAAACUGCAGGGCAAAUGCCAAAUACUUACGUGAUAGCCUUAUAAGAACAGGGCGAUUCAAUAUGCUGUCAAAAGAGGUGGGUGUACCUCUAGUUGCCUUCUCCCUCAAGGACAAGCUCAAGUACAAUGAGCGUGAUAUUUCAGAACAUCUGAAAAGGUUUAAGUGGGUGGUGCCUGCGUACAAUAUGGCUGCAGAUGCUCAGCACAUAACCCUUCUGCGUGUGGUCAUUCGUGAGGCUUUCAGCAGAAGCUUGGCUGACAGGCUCAUCCAAGUCAUUCGCACAGUUUUGAAUGAAUUGGAUUCGCUGCCAUUGAAGCCAAAGAAGGAGAAGGAGAAGGGAGGUAAAGUUCAUGCUACUGCAAGUGGAAAUGGGCAUAGGGUUUUAACUAGGAGGAAGUAG